AUCGGAAAUUUCACAUAAUUUUUUAAACAUCAGAACUGCGAGGUUGAGUUUGUUAUUUAGAAAGAACUAGCGAAAAUUUCUGUUCCAUUUUCACUUGGAGACUUAAUCAUCAAACGAUCGAGAAUGUACACCCGGGUGUGGACAACAAUCUCCACUUUGGUGAUUGCAGGAGCAAUCCUGCAGGUCAUGGAGGUGGCAGAUGGAAAUCAGGAGUUGAACCAGUGUAUCGGCAACCUCCGGCUGAACCGAUGUUUGAAUCAAUGUGUGCAACAAUACGGACAGGAUUUAUUAGGAGGAAGUUAUUUGGGAAGCCAGGUGACUCCUCCGGCCCCUACUGGUUACACUGGAGGCACUGGAGGCACCGGUGGAGUGGGUGGAGUUGGAGGUACAGGACGUCCAGGUCCCAAUGGCCCGUGGCCAACCGGUUCAUCGGGCCGUGGUGGGCCUUAUCCCGGUGAUCCGGGGUACGUUGCUCCAUAAGCCCCAUAAAUUCGAUGGGAGAUCACUUUCCAUCUCCACAUUUUUGGCCAGAAUUUAAAAUUAAUUAUCUCGUGGCUAUACAAUGAAAAAUAAUAAAUAAAGAAUAUAUCAAAAUACAA